AUGGCAGUUAAGUACAGUGCGUGCGGUAAAUACAUGUCUCCGCAAGAUGGCGCUAAUGUUACUUGUACAAAGUGCAAUAAACAGCUACAUCGUGCGUGUGUAGGCAUCCCAGUGGGCGCUUCACUAAUGCCAUCCUGGGCUUGCCCUGAAUGCAAAUUGAAAGAAAAACGUUGCAACAAGGACACAACGCUGAUAAAACCCGCAACAAUUACUGUUGCUAAUUCGAGUGAGGUUUCAAACCUCGGAGAGGAAUUGCGAUGUUUCCGAGAAGAAAUGCGACAAACCCGCGAAGAAUUUCGGGCAUUCAGAGAAGAACUUCAGGACAUAAGAAACCUUGUCAGCAAAUGCGAUGCUCGUUUAGAUAAGCUCGAGAACACGGUCCAAACUAUCCUGGAAUCACAAGAGCAAUAUAGCUCUCAAGGAUUAAAAAUUGAAAUCCUAAAACUCGAGUCGACCGUCAAUCAGUUGCAAGCCGACUUAAACGAUAGGGAUCAGGAGUUGCUUGCAAAUGACGUCGAAUUAAGUGGCAUUCCAGAGGAGAGUGGGGAGAACCCAACACACUUGGUUCUAUCAGUUGUGACCAAGCUUGGUGUUCAUUUGGAGGAAAAGGAACUGGUCCAUUGUAUGCGGAUUUUGUUAGCUUUGUCCUUCUAUGCUACUGGAAGUUACCAAAAAUUAGUUGGUGGAACAUAUGGCACAUUGAUGUCUCAGCAAUCUGUAUCUCGUGCCAUCAGAGAAGUGACUGAUGCUCUAAACAAUCCCAAUAUCCUUGGAAAAUGGAUAAGAUUUCCGCAAACACGUCAAGAAAGAGAUGCUAUAAAACGAAGAUUUUAUGAAAAAUUUAAUAUACCAGCUGUUUUGGGUUGCAUUGAUGGUACACAUAUAAGUAUUGUUAGACCCACAGAAAAUGAGGAGAGGUUUUUCAACAGAAAACAUUUUCAUUCAAGAAAUGUUUUAAUUAUAUGUGAUGCUGAUUUAAAUAUACUGUCAGUAGAUGCUUCUUUUGGCGGAGCCUCUCAUGAUAGUUUUAUAUGGAACCAGCAUCCAGUUAAAAACCAUAUGAUUUCGUUGCUUAGUUCAGGAGAAAAUGUGUAUUUAUUAGGUGAGCAUAAUAAAAGCGAGGAAGAACAUUAUGAGUGA